AUGUCUGACUACAACAACAACGACUACGAUGAGAAUGCCGCUCGUUUCGCCGGCAACACCGUAGGCCAAGCUGUUCAACCCACCACAGAGGGCACGUACGACCGCGCCGACAACGCCUUCAACAACGAAGAACAAUCCCUCGGCAACUCCUUCCGCCGCGACGAACAAUCCGUCGAAGACGCCCCCGAAACCCUCGCUCGCGACACCAAACAAGGCUUCGAUAACACCGUCGACUCUGUCGAAAACAUUCCCUCUGACAUUGGCGGCGGGCUCAGGGGGGCGGCAAACUGGAUUGGCGAUAAGAUUGGGGGCGUCCAGAAUGAAGGGCGACGUGCUGAGAAUGAUGUACAGGAUGAGUACAGAGGUGCGGAGCAGAAUGUUGAUCAGUUUGGUCAGGGGGUGCAGGAUAAGUAUGAUGAGGGCAGGCAGGAUGUUGAUCGGUUCGGGUGA